CACAAAAUCUCGGAUGCCAAAGUUCUAACUACAGCUGACUCUGAAACAUCGUCAAUGACAGGUAGACACAUGACAGCUACUAGUACAAUCCAUACCCCAUCGUAUCCGACAACUGCGGAAUAAUGCAAGUCUCGGCGGGGAGAUUCAUGGGAUCAUCUGGCCCCUUUACGCUUGUCAAAAAAAAAGGUCCGUACAUAGCAGUGCAUAACUACUGAUCAUCGUAUACAGAUAUCGUCGACCUUGGAUCCCUCAUUGCCCAGUUAAUUGGGCCCUUCUGCAACGACUAUAGCAGCAAUGUCAACGCCGACAGCGAUGGCAAGAACACCGCGCUCGCAACCGAUACAUCCCUUUUUCAACACCAUGCCUCUCUUCAAAGUCCUGUACAUAAAACUGGAAGCCAUCGUGAACGACGGCGGUCCACGCGGCGCCGCGAUCAAGGAAUUUCUAGACUGGCGAAACGAAUACAUGCGAUCUGUCGGCGUUGUGGCAUCCCUCGUCGUAGCAGUCGUGGCGACAAGCCUCCAGUUCGGCGCCAUCGCGACAGCGCACUGGACAGUGCUGGCGUUCUGGUACGCGUCGAUAUUCACGGGCUUCGCGUCGAUCUACCUGGGCUCGGUGGAGGCGCACGCCAUGUCACUGAACCGGAUCGAGAAGGUUCUGCGCGUAUUCGAGACGCGCACCGGCGUGCUAUGGAGGGGCAUCUGUGUCUUCUCGUUGGGACUGGCGCAUACCUUCCUCGGAAUGUGUAUCAUACUCUAUCUUGCGGGACUGGUGGUCUUCUUGCUUGAGCCGCUGAGAGCGGGGUGGGGGAGGGAACAAAAGGCGGGAGUCGCGGGAGUCGCGAUUGGAGUUGCGAGUGGACUCACUCUCAUCGUGUCGGAAUAUUUGUGGUUUGGACCUGUGGAGUACUAAUUGCUUCCAGCCGUACAUAGAGGCAGCCUGAAGCUCUCGGGAACUUAUGGUUGGGGAUGCUCAUCGGCGGUGGGGUUCACCGUUCGAUAUUAGCUGGUUGGGGAAAUGAUGAUUUCUAGCAUUGACUCUCGGCUCCACAACUCAAAAGAGGGGAUAGAUCCAUCGUGGAGAUAUACCACACUCCGUCGGAGGGUUUUUCAGUGGAUCUACCUACCUCCCUACCGG